UGCAUUUUAGUAGCGAGCUAAUGUGAUUGCCAUCCUAAGCUGCGAGUGAUAUUGUUACUACAUAUAGAAUAUAUUCUCGUCUGAGAGCCUUGUCUUGUGACCUUGUCCUCUCAAUUCCCGUUGCUGCCGCCACGUGUCUAAAGUGUUAAUCCAUAUUCUUGACAUAUCUGUCUCUUAUGAGAUAUUCUAUUCUCCAACUGUGUGGCGAAGAAAGGAGCUUGCUCCCCUCUCAUAGCAUUCAAUUGCGAUGCGUCCCCAAUUAAACUCUCAGUCCCUCACGCCGGACACACUGACCUCGACGAUUGCCACCCAACAAGAGGUUAUAGCUAGAGAUGACACAUCAUCGGGCCAUGGAUCGAGCCUCACUUCCCAGGAGUUGUUAGUAGAAAGGCAUGAUAAGAGGAAGUGGAGAAAUAAGUGCGGCGACGAUGAUGAUGAGGAUGAGGAUGACGACGACGACGACUGUACGAGCAGUAACUCCCCAACAAAAACGUCCCAGACAUCGCAAUACUGGCCCCAACCUACCUCUAUGAAUACCUCCAUAGCUAAAAGCAUAACCUCUACCAACAUCAUAACUACCACUUCUGCUACAUCCGAGUCGAUAACCCGUUCUACCGCUACUCUCGCUACCAACAGCUCUUCAUCCCAGCUCUCUAGCAGUACAAGCAGUGCCACUUCCACCGUAGGCCUUCAGGGUCAACAGACAAAUCCCGACAAUAGUCAUGACCAUGAUGACAAUAACAACGAUGUCAAGAUAGCACUUGGUGUCGUCGGCGGGCUCUUCGGAAUAUUCCUCCUACUCAUUCUAUCUUGGGCCAUAAUUCGACGAAGACGACGAGAUCACUCGCCUACAGGGGGUUUCCCCAAAGACGCCGAUCUCGAAAGCCACGUCACCGUUGACUUGAGGAUUCAUACGCCGCGUAGCGGGCCUCAUGAUCCCGCCAGCAGCAGUGACGCACUGUCAGGCUACACAGUCCCUAUCACUGCCUCUAGCAAUGUGCGGGGUCUAGGACAUAUCGUUGUUGACAGCGCAGCCGGCAGCGUCUCCAUGUCGACAGCCCCAGGGUCUGCGCAUGCAGGGGUAUAUCCAGCUGCACAGAGGACUGCGAACGGGCCUUCGCCGGCCACGAGUCACGCUUCAUUCAGGGACGCACAAGGGGCACGAUACCCGGCGCAUAGCGAAGCUCACCAUCCCCUGACCUAUCCGCCCGUGAGGAGCCCGCAAGCAUCCGCGCGAGCACCAGCAUGCCCACCCUUGCCGCCGCCUUUACAGAUCUGCGCUCCUCCCAUACCCUCUGGCCUAGAUAUACCCCCAACGUCAGACCUCGACGGCCAGCCGCCGCCACCGCGGUACCCAGAGGCGACGGCGACGUCCCCGGCAUCCCGCGACUUGAGCCCGACAUCGCCUGUUGUCGUAUCCCCGCUAUCCGCGACUUCGGGCCACGAGGGUUUCGUACAUCCCCUAUCCGAGCCACUCUACCACGCGCAGCAACAGCAGCGGGAAUCCAAAGGUCCACAACGGCCGGGGUACGAAGGUUACGAGCCCUCCACAACGCCCGAAGUAGUCUCGCCGAUAUGUCAACUCGGGCAGACGUCGGCGUCGCCUCCCGAGUACGACGACUCGGCGGAGACGGCGCGUUCAGGCGACUCCAAUAACCAUCAUAUCCUCGCCGGCCGGCGUCCCAGCCACGAGGAUGGAGAGAAGCAGGCCUUACCGCAGGCUAUGUAUCGAUACUAGACCGAGCUAAUAAAUCGUCAGGUCCUGGGCGAGAGAGAGAGAAACGAUGGAGUAGAUAUCAAAGAAGCUUGUAUCUUAAUCAUCAGGGCUGAGUCUCAUUAGUUCCGCGCAUAUAACACACAUGCCUGCGCGUAUUGAUACAGUGUAUGUAUACGACUUACUCAGGGCGAGGGGGAGGGGGUGUUACACUUAUACACAUUGGUAGAGAAGGAGACUGGCGUUCUUCUUCUCUACGAUUGCAACAUUGUUCAUUCAAAAACCACCUACCUUCGGAGGUAGAUACUUAUUGUGAGCAAUACGGUACGGUAGUGUAUCGCUGGUGUUGUGCUCCGGGGAGGACCGGCCUAUUUCAUUAGAGCGAAAUCGUAUCUCUAGUCAUCCUGAUCAAGGGUUAAUAUAUAUCAUAGCUUAUGUACAACCAUCGUCACAGAUCGCUCAGCUGAUUGGCUGGUUGGGUGGCUUCAGAUCAGAGCUGGGGUUGGCCGUGUGAGAGCUUCUGGCGUAACGCUGAGUAGU